CAUAGGUGUUGAAGGGAGGCAUCUGUACUUCUGCUGUGAAAGGUCGGUCCUGUGUUGAGUAGUUUGCUACUUCAGGCGUAACAUCACUAGCUACAAGGACAGACUUCUUGAGCUCAACCUCCGUUACGGUUAUUGUCACAAUAAUUAUUUGGGUCCCACGAUGCGAGGUGCGUAUCUCCUCCUGAUACCCGCGCUGUUGCUCCUCCUGGCCCUUCCUGUCUCCAGGGGACGCUACAAUGAUGAUUUUGAUGAUGGCGAGGACCUAGCAGACUUUGAUGACAAUGACUUUGCUGAGUUUGAGGACAUGAACGACGAUCCAGCAGCUGAGGCGGAAGCCGCCCCUCCUCCUCGCGCCUCACCGUCCUCGCAGCCUGAAGAGGAUGAAGACGAAGAUGAAGCCACUGUAGAGCUGGAGGAUGGCCAAGAUGGUUUUGAGGAUGCAGAGACACAGGAUCAAGACAUAUACAGCAAAUAUGAUCAGGAGGAAUUUGAGGGAAUUGGAGACAUGGAAAAGACAGGCCACUCCAUGAAGGACCCCCUCAUAAUCCACACGGUUCCUGCACAUCUGCAGAACAGCUGGGAGAGUUACUACAUGGAGAUCCUGAUGGUGACCGGCCUGUUGGCGUACAUCAUGAACUACAUCAUUGGCAAGAACAAGAACAGUCGACUCGCUCAGGCCUGGUUCAGCUCCCACAGAGAACUUCUAGAGAGCAACUUUGCACUAGUGGGCGAUGACGGCACCAGCAAAGAAGCAGUGAGCACUGGGAAGCUGAAUCAGGAGAAUGAACACAUCUACAACCUGUGGUGCUCUGGACGUGUGUGCUGUGAAGGCAUGCUGAUCCAGCUCAAGUUUCUGAAGAGGCAGGACCUGCUCAACGUUCUGGCCAGGAUGAUGAGGCCGGCCUGUGAUCAGGUGCAAAUCAAAGUGACUCUGAAUGACGAGGACAUGGACACGUUUGUGUUUGCUGUUGGCACCAAGAAAGCCAUGGCCAGGCUUCAGAAGGAGAUGCAGGACUUGAGCGAGUUCUGCGGUGACAAGCCUAAGUCUGGGGCCAAGUAUGGGCUCCCAGACUCCCUGGCUAUUCUAAGUGAGAUGGGCGAGGUCACAGAUGGGGUGAUGGACAACAAGAUGGUGCAUUAUAUCACUAACCAUGCUGACAAGAUUGAGUCCAUCCAUUUCUCGGACCAAUUUUCUGGUCCAAAAGUUAUGCAAGAGGAGGGUCAGCCCUUAAAGCUGCCUGAGACCAAGAAGACGCUGCUGUUUACAUUUAAUGUGCCUGGCAUGGGCAACACCUCUCCCAAAGACAUGGACACUCUGCUCCCUCUCAUGAACAUGGUGAUCUACAGCAUCGAUAAAGUCAAGAAACUCCGUCUCAACAGGGAGGGCAAGCAGAAAGCUGACAGAAACCGGGCCCGUGUGGAGGAGAACUUCCUGAAGCAGACUCACGCUCAGCGUCAGGAGGCAGCUCAGACUCGCCGGGAGGAGAAGAAGAGAGCCGAGAAGGAGAGGAUCAUGAAUGAGGAGGACCCUGAGAGGCAGCGUCGUCUGGAGGAAGCAGCCCAGCGGCGUGAGCAGAAGAAGAUUGAGAAGAAGCAGAUGAAGAUGAAGCAGAUCAAAGUGAAAGCCAUGUGAAAGACCAUCACGGGGAUAAGCGAUAGAAGCGCACACGAGAGCAGUGCUCAGCUCAGACGGUUUCCUCCAGCUCUGGCUCACCGUCGCUCCAGCUCUAAACAGACAUCCGCCGCCUCCGGGCCUGUCCAGCUUAGCUGUCUCUGUCACCGCCUGCUCCAUUUGGUGUGGCCAAACCUCAGUGACUGAGAGUGAACUGUUCACAUCAAGUGAGAGGGACUUUUUCACCGUCAAAUCUAUCACUACAAUUCAUGCUAGGAUUUUUUUUUUUUUCUGUCCCACUAUCUUUUCAAAAUUCAUCAAAGCUGUGUAGCUUGGUGAACUUUUUAAAUUAAGCCACUGGGAAGGAGGGCACUGUUUGUUGAUGUUGAACCACAUUUUUAAAAGAAAUGAAGGCAUCGCUGUGGCUUCAUUGGAAAUGUAUUAGCAUUAAUAUAAUAUGAUCAAGGAAAUUUUAAUUUAUAUCUGUGAAAUUGGUUUCUUGCAGGCUGUUUCUAAUAUGUCUGAGCAAAUAUAAUAAAAUGCACUGGAGUCUGUUUGAAAACUUUCCGUCGCUUGUAUGAUUUACAAGACAAUUGAGU